AUGACGUGCCAGGUUAAUGGGCACAGAUUUACAGGCCUUUUGGAUUCGGGAGCUGAUGUUUCCAUCAUAAAAGACUCUGAAUGGCCGCUUGACUGGCCCACUGUUUGCCCUGCUGCAACCAUUCACGGGCCAGGUUUUUCAAUAGGGGCCAUUGGUCAGCCGUCCCAAGCACUGAUUAAGCUAGUCUGGAAAAGUGACCAGCUGGUCUGGGUAGAUCAAUGGCCUAUGAAAAAGGAAUGGCUUGAACAUUUAAAAAGGCUUGUAAAAGAGCAAUUAGAAGCAGGAGAUAUUGUGCCAACAAACAGUCCCUGGAAUACUCCUGUGUUUUGCAUCCCCAAAAAGACUGGCAAAUGGAGGAUGCUGCAGGACCUCAGGGCAGUACACGCAGUCAUAGAGUCGAUGGGAGCAUUGCAACCAGGGUUGCCCUCACCCACUAUGCUCCCAGCAAAUUGGUCGCUAAUUAUAAUUGAUUUAAAGGACUGCUUUUUAACCAUCUUUCUGUACCCCAAGGAUGCCCCAAGGUUUGCAUUUUCCAUCCCGGCAUUGAACAACUCACCACCCAUGCAAAGGUAUCACUGGGUUGUCCUUCCUCAGGGGAUGAAAAACAGUCCUACAAUAUGUCAAACAGUAGUGGCAAACGCUAUUCACCCCAUCAGAAAGCAUUUUCCCUCUGCAAUAAUCUACCAAUACAUGGAUGAUAUUUUAAUUAGCAUGGCCACAGAACAUGGACUGCAAAUUGUUGUUACUUCCUUGACUGAUGCUGUCCAAGAAGCACGGUUGCAGGUUGCAUCAGAGAAAAUCCAGCGAUCGCAGACCUGGAGCUAUCUUGGAUGGAGGAUUACACAAAAAGAAAUUUCCCCACAGCCACUGCAGCUCAAGGUAAAAGACACUUUAACCUUACAUGAGUUGCAAAAACUCCUGGGAGCCAUUAAUUGGUUAAGGCCUAUUCUAGGCUUAAUCAGAGAGGAGCUACUCCCUCUGUUUGUGUUGCUAAAGAGGGACUCUGACCUAAUGUCUGACAGAUCUCUGACAGCAGAGGCCAAACAGGCGUUAGACAUUUGGGCCAAGGCGAUAGAAAAUAGGCAGGGCAGGAGGAGAGAUCCUGAACUGCAAAUCUGCCUGGCCUUAGUUCCCAGCAGAAAGUUUGAUUUCUACAUAAUGCACAUCAGAUCCCACACUGACAUGCCAGGGCCAAUAGCUGCAGGGAACCGGGAGGCUGACAAAGCAGCAAUGUUUAACAUAGUACCCAGGACCCUAGAGCAAGCAAAAUUGUCCCAUUCAUUUUUUCAUCAGAAUGCACGCUCUCUAAAGAGACAAUUCAAAAUUACAAUUAAUCAGGCUCGAGAUAUCAUAUUGACUUGUCCAGAUUGUCAAAAAAUCACCCCCAUGCCAUCUCAGGAAGGCGUUAACCCCAGAGGGUUAAUGGCCAAUGAGAUCUGGGAAACAGAUGUCACAUACAUCCCCAAAUUUGGCACCUUGAAAUAUGUACAUGUAACUGUAGACACACAUUCACAGUACAUAACUGCUACAGCACACACAGGUGAGAAAGCCAAGGAUGUAAUAAGACACUGGCUAAGCUGUUUUGCUACCCUUGGCACUCCAAAACAGAUAAAAACCGAUAACGGACCAGCGUACGUCUCUGAAAAGGCCGUGGGGCAUCUCAGAGAGGGGCAGAGCAGCGUCUCUGACAGCCCAGCACAAGGCUGUGACCAACAGGGACUGGGAGAUCCCCUCUGCCUGAGGGCCUGGGCUCACUCCAGCAACGGGGCUUCUCUUUGGGCUGCCGCGUCCCUCGUGGUGAGCGCAGGAUGGGACAGCAGCUGGCACAGUUGGGCCCUGUUUGUUGCCAGCAGCUGA